AUGAUCAGUGCCUUCUUCUGGAAUAUUAGAGGUGUGCGGACCAAAAAACCUAUACACAGACUGAAAAGUCUGAUCAAAUUAAAUAAUGCUCAAUUUGUUGCUAUCUUUGAGCCUUUUAUCGACAAAAAGAAAAUAGAGCGUUACAAGAAAUUUUUGGGAUUCCAAAAUUGCUUAAGUAAUGAUAUUGGUGCUUAUGUUACAGCAGUGUAUGCCAAGUGCACUGCCCUUGAAAGACAAGAACUAUGGGAUGACCUAACUGAUAUUUCAAAUCAGAUUCAAAGCGGUUGGUGCAUUGGAGGUGACUUCAAUGUCAUUCUCGAGCCUUCUAAAAAUAUAGGUGGCAAGAUUCACAGAGCUUACAAAAACUUUGAUUUUGCUGCAUGUAUGAAUAGAUGCGGCUUGGAAGAUGCAGGAUUUGUUGGUUCAAACUACACCUGGUGCAACAAUAGAAGACUAGGGAAAAGGAUUUGGAAGAGGUUGGACAGAAUUAUUAUUGAUGAUAAUUGGCCCCAAAGGUUUCGUCAUUUUUGGGUGGAACAACCUGGUUUCCUGGAUUUGGUGGGGCAAGAUUGGCAAAUAGAAGUAAAAGGGAAUCCAAUGUGGAUUUUGCAACAAAAACUCAAAAGAUUGGGAAAAAGACUCUCUAAGUGGUCUAGAGAAGACAUUGGUGACAUUUUCCAGAAAGUGGAAGAAUGGGAAGCUACAUUACAACAGCUGGAAGAUGUUGAUGCAAUAGAUAAGAAUGAAUAG